AUGUAUAUAGCGCAAUUCCUCGUAAACCAUCAACUCUAUACAAAUUAUACACGUAAGACACGCACAAACGACGCACAACCGACGCACGGACCACCGUCCUCAGAAGGCCUACGAGCUGCAAACACGAAACCCAUCAAAAUAUCGCUGCAAUUAGCAACAUUUCAAUUAUUCAUAUUAUUUGCUGCCGUAAAGUAUGGUGAAUUAUCAGUUCGUGAUAACAGUAAUAUUAGGGACGUUGUAGGAGAGAAUGAACUCAUCGAUAGUAAUCAAACGAUGGCAACUAUUAUAUCUCAAGGAACAGCAGGUGUCCCAUAA